CAACAGGGAGGUUAAUUUAUUCAUUUUUAUAUACCAUCUUCCCUUCAACUUAUUGUUGACACAGACAUACAGACACUACUCUCUUUCUAUCUUUCUUUCUUGCUCUUAUUUUAGAAACAUCUUUGUUCUCUUUAACACAUCUUUUUGAGUUCUUUAAGAUACUAUUAGAGUGCUGGAGCUAUAAAGCUACUACUGUUUUUAAGAAGUUGUUGUUGUUGUUGUUGUUUAAGAGGAUGAGUGCAUCGAAGUUCAUUAAAUGUGUUACAGUUGGAGAUGGAGCUGUUGGCAAGACCUGUAUGCUCAUUUGUUACACCAGCAACAAAUUCCCUACCGAUUAUAUUCCCACAGUGUUUGAUAAUUUCAGCGCCAAUGUGGCUGUUGAUGGGAGCAUUGUUAAUCUGGGGCUGUGGGAUACUGCAGGCCAGGAAGAUUAUAGCAGAUUGAGGCCACUGAGUUACAGAGGUGCUGACAUAUUUGUGCUUGCUUUCUCAUUAAUUAGUAGGGCAAGCUAUGAAAAUGUUCUUAAGAAGUGGAUGCCUGAACUUCGCCGAUUUGCACCCAAUGUUCCAAUUGUUCUUGUUGGAACGAAGUUAGAUCUUCGCGAGGACAGAGGAUAUCUAUCAGAUCAUAUGGGAUCUAACUUCAUAACAUCUUCUCAGGGAGAGGAGCUUAGGAAACAAAUUGGUGCUGCGGCAUAUAUUGAGUGCAGCUCUAAGACACAGCAGAAUGUCAAAGCUAUUUUUGACACUGCAAUCAAGGUUGUUAUUCAACCUCCAAGGAGGAAGGAGAUGGCGAGAAAGAAAAGGCAUAGACGGUCUGGCUGCUCAAUUGUGAGUAUUGUCUGUGGAGGUUGUGCUGCUGCUUAAACAAUGGUGAUAGCGGGCUGCAUAGUAAUAAAGAACUUUCGACAAGGAUGGGUGUUUCGCAGAUUAAAUAUCUACUUUUGUGUGAAGUGUAGCAGCAGUGAUAUAGUAGUUUGAACUGAUAAAUAGUUUCUUUUUAAACCUUAUAAACUGACAUGGAGAAGAGUGGAGGGACUUGUUCAUUCUCUCUCUGUUACCAAGUAAUUGAUCUUGUGGGUUUGGGGUUUCAGCUGAUGUCUCCUUUCAAAUAAAUUUUCUUUAGCUAA